AUAACUUUGUUCGUCAUUUAAAACAAAACAAAGCAUCACUGUAGGCUCUUGUGUUGAAAUUAGUAAGCGACAAAGCAAUUCUAUAGCAGUUACGUGAAGCAUUCCGUUCCUCCCUCGGCGCCAUGAAAAGACAUUUGGUGGCGAGCGCUUGAACAACAGGAAAGAUAUUCAUUUACACGUUCACACAUCCUGAAGGCAAACGAAGGCAGGAACGCCUCCUGCCACCACAAUGUGCUGAAGGUCGCCAGCCGAGAACUUUGGAUUCUGCUGCUGGAGCUGAGGGUACCCAGCAGGAACAUUACACCUCUUUAAGACGUGGAUCAACUGUCAAAAGAAGAGCGAGACUGGUCACUGCGACAGGUCAGCCGCCAAGAUUGGCGAAUGUUCUGCAGCGUAUAUUGUUGCUAAACCUCAGAAAGAUGUCGACGAAGCUGAUCAAGUUUGAUCAGCUGAAGGACCCCUCGGACACUUGGGAGUUGGUGGAGACGAUCGGAAAGGGCACCUACGGAAAGGUGUACAAGGCGACAAGCCGGAAGGAUGGUAGCAAGGCUGCUGUCAAGACCCUGGACCCCGUGAACCAGGAUAUUGACGAGGAGAUCGAGGCUGAGUACAGUAUCCUCACCUCCCUGCCGGAGCACCCCAACAUCGUCAGAUUCUUUGGCAUGUACUACCAGAAGGACGGCGUCAAUGGCGACCAGCUGUGGAUCGUCCUUGAGCUGUGCAACGGAGGCUCGGUGACGGACCUGGUGAAGGGCCAGCUGAAGCGCGGAGAGCGCAUGGACGUCAUGCUCAUCGCUUACAUCCUCCGCGGGGCCCUGCUGGGAUUAAAUCACCUCCACAGCCACAAUAUCAUCCACCGAGACAUCAAAGGAAACAACAUUCUGCUCACGACGGAUGGGGGCAUCAGACUUGUCGACUUUGGUGUAUCGGCCCAGGUGUCAAAAACUCGAGUGGAAAGAAACACAGCAGUGGGCACCCCGUUCUGGAUGGCACCUGAGGUCAUCGCCUGCGAGCAGCAGUUGGACUACAUGUACGACAGGCGCUGUGACGUCUGGUCCAUGGGCAUCACGGCCAUCGAGCUGGGGGAUGGUGACCCCCCGCUGUAUGAGCUGCAUCCCAUGCGCGCCCUCUUUAAGAUCCCACGAAAUCCUCCUCCAACACUGAAGCAACCAGAGCUCUGGCCUCCACUGUUCAACGAAUUUAUAGCACAGUGCCUGGUGAAAGAUUUUGAGCGCCGGGCCACUGUGUCCCAGCUGCUGGAGGAUCCGUUCAUCCAGCAGGUGGAGGGCCGCGAGCAGGAACUCCAGAAGCAGCUGACGGAGCUCAUUGAUCUACACCUGCAAAUGGGCAACAUCCAGAAGAUCAGGCAUGAGCGGCUGCACACCAAGAAGACGGAGUACAUGAAGUCGCGUCUGCGAGCGGAGCUGAACGUUGUGGACGACCUUGUCAAGCUCGACGUUCUUGACGAGACCACAAUUAUAGAGCAACUUCAGAAGCGCUAUGCCGAUCAGCAAAUCUACACCUACGUGGGGGACAUUCUCAUCGCCAUCAAUCCAUUUCAGAUCUUGGAUAUCUACUCCCCAAAGCACUCCGUCCUGUACCGCGGUGCGAAGCGCACGGCGAACCCACCACACAUCUUCGCCAUCUCCGACAACGCUUACCACUCCAUGGUCACCUACAAUGCCCACCAGUGCAUCAUCGUGAGUGGAGAGAGCGGAUCAGGGAAGACUGAGAGCUCCCAUCUCAUUGUGCAGCAGAUGACAGUUCUUGGCAAGGCCAGCGAUCGUGCACUGCAGGAAAAGGUUCUGCAGGUGAACCCGCUGGUCGAGGCGUUCGGGAACGCGUGUACCAUCAUCAACGGCAACUCGAGCCGCUUCGGCAAGUACCUGGAGAUGCACUUCACGAACAGCGGCACGGUGGCAGGCGCGCAGAUCUUCGAGUACCUGCUGGAGAAGUCCCGCGUCACCAACCAAGCCCCGUUUGAAAAAAACUUUCACAUUUUCUACUACAUGUAUGCCGGGCUUGCACAGCAAGGCAAACUCCAGCAGUACUGUCUUUCCACCACCGAAGCCCCACGAUACCUCGUGAGCAGUAGCAGCCCCUCUUUGGAAGAAAUCCUCUCCACCGGCUUUCAUCAGCAGCAGUUCGAGGCCAUUGAACACUGCUUCAACAUACUUGGCUUCACAACAGAGGAAGUUUCCUGCGUUUACAAUAUUUUGGCUGGGAUUCUCAACGUGGGGAACAUUGAGUUCAUGUCCAUAUCUACAGACCAUCAAUCUGACAAGAGCAACAUAGACCCAAACUCCGCAGCCCUGGAGAACGCGGCCGCUCCGCUGAAGGUCCGCGCCGAGGAGCUCCUAGAGGCGCUGGUCUCGCGCUGCGUGGUGGCGCGCGGCGAGACCAUAAUGCGCACCAACACCGUGGAGAAGGCGAGCGAUGUGCGAGAUGCCAUGGCCAAGGCGCUGUACGGACGCCUUUUCAGCUGGAUCGUGCUCCGCAUCAACACGCUCCUGCAGCCCGACAAAGACGCCAGUGAAAACAGUAAACUGAGCAUCGGCAUCUUGGACAUCUUUGGGUUUGAGAAUUUUAAAAAGAACUCGUUUGAACAGCUAUGCAUCAACAUUGCAAAUGAGCAAAUACAGUUCUACUUCAACCAGCACGUGUUUGCCAUGGAGCAGGAGGAAUAUGCAAGUGAGGGGGUGGACGCAAAGCAGGUGGAGUUUGAGGACAACCGCCCUCUGCUCGACAUGUUUCUGGCCAAGCCCGUGGGGAUGUUGUCCCUGCUGGAUGAGGAGAGCCGCUUUCCCCAGGCCACGGGCCAGACGCUCGUUGAAAAAUUUGAGGACAAUGUAAAGUCAAAAUACUUUUGGAGGCCGAAAAGAAUGGACCUAACCUUCGGAAUCGACCAUUAUGCAGGAAAAGUUCUGUACGAUGCCUCAGGAUUCCUUGAGAAGAACAGGGACACGUUACCUGCUGACAUUGUGGUGCUCCUCAGGACUUCAGAAAACAUGGUGCUCAGACUGCUCUUCUCAAACCCCCUAACCAAGACAGGCAAUCUGGCUCAUAUCCGAUCAAGAGUCCCUGGUGCAUCAAAGUCUCUUCCGAGUCAAACACCAGCAAACAUAAGGAUCGAUACCAUGGAGAAGAACAAGCACCCAGGGGAAACGGUGAACAUGAAAACUCAAACUGUCUCCUCCUAUUUCAGGUUUUCUUUGAUGGACCUGCUCUCCAAGAUGGCAUCGGGCCUGCCCCACUUCGUGCGCUGCAUUAAGCCCAACAACGAUCGUCAGGAGCAGAAGUUUGACCGGGAAAAAGUGCUGGUGCAGCUGCGCUACACGGGCAUCCUGGAGACCAUCCACAUCCGACGGCAGGGCUUCUCGCACCGCAUCCCCUUCCAUGAAUUCGUCAACAGGUACUACAUCCUUGCCUUCAAAGCAGACUCGCCCCCACCAGGCAAACAAGAAACGUGUGUUGAGAUUCUUGAGAAGGUUAAAAUGAAAAACUGGGUGCUUGGCAAGACAAAGGUAUUCUUAAAGUACUACCAUGCAGAACAUCUCAAUCUGCUGAUCAAGGAGAUGGUGGAGAGGCUCGUGAAACUGCAGGCCUAUGUGCGCACCAGACUUGCCGUCAAGAAAUUCAGAAAGCUCAUGGAAGAACGGACCCACAGUGCCCUCGUCAUACAGUCAGGUUUCCGUGGAUACCAAGUACGCAGAGAGUACCGUGAGCAGAAGAAGAAACGAGAGGAUGCUGCCAUCUGCAUUCAGUCAGCGGCACGGGGGCACAAAGCCAGGAAGCAGUACAAGCAGGAGAAGGAAAGACGUGGAGAGGAUACACACGAGGACGCACACGAGGACGCACAGGGAAACGCGACAGAUUCACACGAGCAGCCUCCAGAAGACAACCAAACCGAAGAGAAUGCCGAGAGCAUUGAUGUCGUGGACGGGCAAUCGGCCAUUUCGGAAGGUGCCAGCACUGUUGCAAGUGCUGCCCCAAGCCAGGCUAAUGAUAGUGACCGCACUGAACAUGUGGAGUCUGAGGAAAAGCAGCCUGAGAUUAACCAGGACGGGCUUGAUGGGUUUUCCCAGGAGGUUUCCAAGUGUGCCGAGACGGUGCUUAAACAACUCCUGCGUGUUAACCUCCCUGUGCCAGCAAGCCAAGUCAAGGAGACGGUGACCCUCUCUCACUCAAGGCCUGGCUCUGCGAAACAGCUUGGUAUUCAAAUACAAGAUUCCCAAGAUUCUCUGCAGCAAGGGACACAGCCAAAACAGACUCGCACACCUCGCUCUAAAAUGCAACCAAAGCUGCUGCACUCUCCCGAAGACAAUCUGUACUACAGCCAGCUGCUAAGCAGCGCUGGUAAAGACGUCGCUCAGGCCUCUCCCAGUGUUCAGCUAAUGAAGAGAAAAUCACGUAAAACAAGGAGCCAAAUAAAAGUGCUGGAUGAGAAUGACCAAUAUUACCGUAUGGUGGUGGCUGGAGACACAUUCAGAAAGGCGCCAAGUCCAUCACACGACACACCAAAUGGAAACUACUGACAGGGAAAACAUGACCUGCCAGGAGUGUGAAGAUUUGCAUUUGAGAAUGCAGCAAUCUCCAGACGUCUUCACUAAUUUUAAUCAGCCAUUUGUUAUUUUACUAUAAUACAGUACUUGAAUGUUAUUUUUUAAAUUGUAAAUGCACUUAGAUGUUUAGGAAUAUUAGACAAUUGUAAAAAGUUUUUUUUUAAUAUAUAUACAAAUGAGAAAAUUACUUUAGAAUAUCUAAUGUAAUUGUAAGUAGUUAUGUUUAAAUACAGGUACUGUAUACAUUAAAUAAAUCUGUCAUUGUCCAUAUGACAAAAUAUUUAAUUGUGCAUUUCUUUGUGUUUUAUGGGAUGGUGAUUUAUUCAUGAUAGUAGAUGUUGAUUUCAUGGUGUGGUGGUUAUGAUGAUGGUGAUAAUGGUUGUGGUUAUGCUGAUGUGAAGUCAUUAUGGUGACAAUUGUGGUUCAUCAUACUUUUAUUUCACCACCAGAUGGAAACAACCAUUUUAAGACAACAUGAACCGCGUCUUAUUCAUAACACAAUCUAUGGAAAACAAGUUAAAAUUAGCAUUUUGAAGUGGGAAUACAAAAAAAUAAGUCAAAUUUGAGUAUUGAUAUAUAUGUCAUAAAUAUAAAAAGGUUGUAAAAUUGCAAGAAGUUCCACAGUCUUGUUGAAGAUGUAUAAUUUGUAAUAAAAUGUAUUGAGGUGAGCUUCAAUGCAUGCAGCAGAGGCGACGCUAGGCCAAGAAAGUGGUUUGCGAUGUGAACGAACAUGAUUGCCCAAAACUAUUAUUAACUCUUGGAACAGUACACCGCAACCCCGUAACAUACCUUAGGUUGCAAGGAUGUAUGUCAGGAAGAAGUCAGCCAGAGAGGACAGAAGGCAAUCUAUUAUUGAUCGCGUUGAAAAUGAAUUUUGCCCAAGUACUAUAAUUCCCGCUUAGUCGACAGUGAAUACACAUUUUCAUAAUUAAAGUUACAAUGAUGAGUAGAAUACAGUAAAUGAUAUUUAAUAUGAUUUGAAGAGCUGAGUGAUAUAUGAGAUUUAAUUUAUCUUCAGUCAAAUUUGAUGCUGCUUUGUAUAAUACAUGACCAUAAUCAGUUAGGUUUAAACGUAGAUGCAAAAAUUAUGUGAUGGUGGUUUUAAAAUUACGUGAUGGUGAUGCUAAUUGUCUAAAUGUGCUGUGCUUGUGAGGGUGUGGUGGUCGUGAUGAAAAUGAUUGUGGUUGUUGAUUAUUGUGAAAUUAAUGUUGAAAUAUGGUGUAAAUGUUAACUCAUGAUGUGGUGGUGAUGAUUUUGGUUGUUCAUGUGUAGCUGUACCAUCCUUAAUCUGGAAUGCUUUUCAUAACUUCUAUAUGUAAGUCCUCAAUUUGUAAGAGCCUGAAUGACUGCAUUAGAUACUGUAAUACUAAUUCGAACACUUUAUGGUUACAAAUGGCAAGCGUAACGUAAAUGUCUGAUAUUCGUGUAUUUUAUAGAAUAGUAUUGAUUGGAUGACUCUGUAGGCAAAUGUUAGAAAAUAAAAUGUUAUAAUCAAAAGCAACAUACUAAUGUGCUUCACGAAAGUUUGUAUGAAUGCAUAUUUCCGGCUAUGAUAGAUGAUUCGGAAACAUGGA